AUGGAGGCACUGAAGUGGCGAAUUACAAACGAUAGUAUCAGUGGCGACGAACUGAAUGACAUAAACGAAUUCUUGAAGUCGGGCUCGCAAGACAUCAUGAAGGCCCUCAAUGCGCACCGUCGUGUCAACCGUCUUCCUCCGGAGCUCCUCCGCCUCAUAUUCCUCCAGUUCAUCCGGCCGACCGACUUCGUAUGUCAUGACAGUGACUGUGCCAGUCAGGGAGCAGUGUUGGACGUCGGAUGGCUAUACGCACACAAGCGGGCCUCUGACGUUUUAGCCCUCUCGCACGUCUGCCGACGGUGGCGAGAGGUUAUACUCCUGUUUCCUGGUUUCUGGACGUCAAUCCGGGAUGUCAGUGCGGACGAGACUAUGACGUUCUUUGAGCGGGCGCGGGGCUGCCCCCUGCAGGUGGCCAUCUCUGGACGUCUCCCUCUUUGGCUCUGGGACAUUACCGCGGAACGUGGCGCGUCGAUCCGCGAGCUGCAUUGUCAGAUCUCGACAAAUUGUCACUCCAUCAGUAAAGGGACCGGCGAUCUCAACGUUCUAGCCCUCGAUGCGCCAAACGUCGAACGCCUCUCGCUCUCCAGGGGUUACAUGAACUGCACAAACUACGGAGACCACCCCAAUGCCAUGGUGCUGAAAGGUGCUACGGAGCAUGUGAAGAUGCUGUCGAUCCGCGGCCUCGGGUCCUGGCUCCCGCCCAACCAAUUUCCGGCCCUCACUCACCUUGUCGUAUCGGACGUAUACGGACUGCACGCCUACGCCUUCUGUGCGUUUCUCUCCCGUUGCGCGAACCUUACCAACAUCAACCUACGGAACACUGCGGUCUACAUGAGGGCGCCACCACCGGCGCAAUCACCGGCGAACACGCGCCUGCACCGACUUCGCAAAAUUUCGCUCAACGCGCGCUACAUUGAUCUCUUCCACGUUCUUCAAAUCGACCGCGCCAGAAUGACUAUCGAGCUCACCCUGAACGAGUUUAUCGUGACCCGGGCAAGAGAAAAUUCCCACCUUCGGAGUCAAUUCGUCAGCCGUAAGCUCGCCAUUCCCAAAGGACUCGCCAGCCGUCUCUUGGCCCACCCCGACUACGUACGACAACCUUUAACACGCCUCUACCUCAGAAAUCCCCCAAAGCACAAUGGCAGCGGUUCGCUUGCCUUGACGAACGACAACGCUGGGAUCUGCAUCAAUAGUGCAGUUCCUCUAGGCUCCGAACACGCAUGCCUGUUCACUCUCGGCGAAGGUCUGGACCACGUCACCGAGCUCUAUAUCGACGGCGUUGAUCCCGACGUGUGUCAUCUCUACACCGCCCUCCGCCCCGAGUUGCCCAACCUGCGCACGCUCAGUGUCCUGCAUGCCGACACCACGAAGAGUUGGGCGCUCGAGAUACUCAUUGAAUGCGUCCGCUCGGAGACGAAUGGGACCGCCGGCACGCCGCUGGCGGCUCCUGCACUGCGCCUGGUGAUCGCGGACGGCGUGGACUUGGGCGAGCGCAAGGCCACGCGCAAAACAGUCGAGAAACUUGGCGGGGCUGGCGUGCCUUUGCCGGAGAAGAAAUAUCGACUGAUCCUCCGCGCGCCACGAUUCUCCCCGGAAUACUACACUGAUAUACUGCCACGGUUGCAGACAAGCUGGGAGUCGGUGGAGACAGAGGUUCGGGGGGGGGGGCGUGGGUAUGAAUGAUGGAGUACCGUGCAAGCUCGCAUGCACUUGGUGAGGCUGGGUGCCGGUAAAUUUCAUCGAUGUAGACACUCUCGUGGUGAGCAAGAUAGCUAUAGCAGUCAUCAGUCGACUCCAGGCCGUGUAAUCUGUCGCGGAGAUACAUAUGUAGACGACACGC